UUUCUCAUUUUCGGAAGGAACAACUAGAAGUAGGUCAAGCAUCCACCAAGUCAGAAAACUGUCGUCGCAAUGGAUUUUGGUCCGGUUGCCCUUGCCCUCGUCGCGGUGCUCUGUUUUGCAUCACCAGUAGACUCAAAACCAAAAUGUUUCGUUUUGAGUUGCUCCGUCGGCCCACUUUUAGGAGGACCUUGGUUUACCAAACCGCCAACCAUGAACAUUUGCUUCGACGAUCGUGAGCAUCGUGGUGAUUUUUGGGAUGGAAGUGGUCACCUUCCUGCCAUAAACGAUCUGGUCGUCUCUGAUACUAUUUAUAGGUAUUUUCACUCGCUGAGAUAUUACAUAAGACCUGUCUGCGCGCCUGGUUACAUAGUCCGAAACUUCGCGUCGUGUACAACUGAGAUUGUGACUCGAGCACUGGAGUUUGAAGAUCGUAUGCCAUCGAGUCUAGGAGGCCUAUUUUGUGCUCCAAAAUGGUUUCGGACAUGCGCAUGGAAUCAAAACGACAUGGACACUGUCCGCGAAGUGAAUGGAAGGUGCGAAUGCAUACCAGGCUACGUCUUGAACACAGUGGCUCGGGCUUGCCAGGCACGCAUCUGCCAGGUACCACUAAUAACGAAUGGAUGGAGAAACAGGGCCAAUACCCCCUUUCUCCAAUAUGCAUACAUUGGAUGCAAUCCGAAUUAUGUGUUGGUUGGCGAAGGUUGGACAAGAUGCACUUCUGAUGGCACACUCAGUUCGGUGCAAAAAUGCAUACCGAUGAACUGUUCAGUGCCAGCAAUUCAGAAUGGAGCAAGGCAGAAGAGCCUUAUUGUCUUUCCAGAAACGGCGCACUACACCUGUUCUAGUGGUUCAGUACUUGUUGGAGACCCAAGGCCGGGCUGUACUCCUACAGGCCAUCUCACUUCAUUGCCACACUGUCAAUCUUGUAGUCAUACUGCCGCUGAUCGAAUUCUCAGCAUAUCAUCGGAGGGCAGUGUCACGUGUGAAUCUGGCUAUAUAUAUGCUCACCCUGCACCGCCGUGUAGUGACGGAACAGACCGGGCGCUCUCAUGUUCUCCCAUCAACUGCACAGUACCCGAGAUUCUGCACGCAGUUCGAGAACAAGCCACUGUGUCUUACACAGAGACUGCCAACUACACAUGCCUGCUAGGGUAUGAAAUGACUGGAGAAGCGAAUCCAACCUGCAACGCUACUAAACAGCUCACAACCAUUCCUGCUUGCAACCCUAUCACGUGCAUUGCGCCGAAUGUCCGUUACGCAGGUGUCGAGCCAGCAGUUGUAUCCUAUCCCGGAAGGGUGCAAUAUAAAUGUGGAAUCGGGUUUGUGCUCAACGGAGAUGCAAAUCCAACAUGUACACUCUCUGGAAACCUCACUUCCCUGCCCAACUGUUCAGUGGUGAUCUGCAGAGUGCCGUCAAUACCUAACGGUGGAAGUAGGAGAGCAGAGGCUAGUUUCGCUGAAAGGGUCAACUACACGUGUAAUGCAGGAUACAGUUUGCAUCUUCCCAGCUAUAAGCCUAUCUGUGGAGCAAACGGCAAUGUCAAUUAUGUGCCAUCUUGCAAGCGAGACAAUGGACUUAGUGGAAAUGAGACCUGUCAAGAAACCGGUGCAGUCCUCAAAAUCUCAGACCAAAAGUACAAUUUUUAUAGCGCCAGGGCCCUUUGCAACAAGCAUAAAGGAAGGCUUUUGAGCCAAAAGGCUUUAAGAAGUGGGUGCGCAACCGAUAUUCUCGCAGGUGACAAGAAGGUCUGGAUAUAUGAAAAAUCAAAUCUGAAUUAUCCGAUGAGGUCAGUAAACAUCGGAUUUUACGAAAACAUCCACCACCUACUAAAUGUCGUGUGUGAAAUAGGAACACAGCAGAUGUACUUACAUAUUAUGUAA